AUGUGUCAUGACCAGACCACGGUGCGCUGGAGGGGAGGGACUGGCGGCAACCUAGAAAUGGAAGCUGAAUUGACCAAGUGUCGCAGGAAUAAGACUGUAUGGCCGGAUUUCAAUGGGUUCAGUGCUAGUCUCAUGGUGGAGAUGUGCUUGAGUCGCGCUCGUGGACGCGAAGAUGUCGGGCGUGGACCCCUGCAUGUUCCCAAGAGCGGCAUCUUCGGUCAAUAUAAAAAGUCGCCCACGAAGGAUGCCUUCAGAACUUCAAGAGUCUGA